AUGUUCGGCAGAACUUUUGCACGCAAAUAUGCCACGCCUGCAAGCCCGGCAAUUCUGUCCACGCUCUUGUUGCUGAGACCUCCCAUUGUGACGGCUGACUUGCCUGCGUUCCAGAAACUGUACUACAAGUAUCAGAAUGAGUUGUGGAAGAGAUUGAUGUGGACCUUCCCAAAAUGGUUCUACUACCGUGAAGGUACGUUGUCCGAGCAGAAGUUCCGUGAGUUGAAUAAAAAUCCCGUUUACAAUAACCCCAAUCUUGAAUUUCCUAGCGGAAGACCCGAGCUUAGACAACAAAGAGACCGUCGAUUCAAACAGGAACUCAGCUUGCCUAAAACGUACGCCGAGGGCGCCGACGAGGAGCAACUGAAGGACAGUAUGUCCAGAAAAAUUGUGCCUAACUCUAGAAUCACCAAGGCUGAUGAGUCCCACGAUAUCACCAGCUUGGAGAGAAAGUUGGCCAGAACAUUAUACUUGGUUGUGAGUUCCGAUAAUGGAAGCACCUGGACGUUUCCUACGUUCGAGAACGCAGGCAAGCCACUACAUCAGGAGGCAGAGGAAGGGUUAUAUGCCAUCGGAGGCGACGGCAUCAACUAUUUCAACGUGAGUGCCAAACCUUUCCAUGUUCAUCACAGUGACAAAGGUAGCGAGUUUUUCAUCAAGCUGCACAUCUUGUCGGGCCAGUUCAAUGCUAAGCAAGGCUUGAAGCAUGCAUGGUUGACUUCUGAGGAGGUUGGAGAGCGCUUGAAUAAGGAGUAUUUUGGCGAGAUUCGUCACUUGAUGAGUGAUGUGUAA